GCAUGCGCACGCCGGGUGGGCCGCUAUGGCGCCGGGGUACCAGUGAGCGAAAGGUGCAGGGAGGGAGACGUUGGUGUUUGUCGGCCGGUGAGGGUGCGAAACAGUGCGAGCUCCGACGGCCGUUUGGAUUACAGCUGAGCUCCGGCCAUGGACUGAAGAGGAGACGCCAGCGGUGGUGACAGUCUGACAGGCCGCUCGCCAUGAACAUCGACGUGGAGUUUCACAUUCGCCAGAACUACCCCUGGGCCAAACUGCCGGGUAACGUGAGGCAGAGCCUUGGGAACUCUCAGCGCGAGUAUGAGAAACAGGUCCUGCUCUACAGCAUCCGCAAUCAACUGCGAUAUAGAACUAACUUAGUUAGAUGCAUCAAGAAAGAUGAACGCAAAUACUAUGAAGAGCUAUUUAAGUAUAGCAGAGAACAUCUCAUGUUGUAUCCAUACCAUUUAUCUGACAUAAUGGUGAAAGGAUUGCGGGUCACACCUUUUUCCUAUUAUAUAGGAAUUAUGGAGGAUAUCAUGAACAGUGAAAAAAGUUAUGAUUCGCUACCUAACUUCACAGCUGCUGAUUGUCUUAGGCUUCUGGGAAUUGGAAGGAACCAGUAUAUUGACCUCAUGAAUCAGUGUAGAUCAUCAAAAAAAUUUUUCAGGAGGAAAACUGCUCGGGAUUUGCUACCAGUGAAGCCUGUAGAGAUUACUAUUGAGCCGUGGUGGGUGGUUCAGGCUGGUUUCAUCACAGAGGAUGAUAUCAAGCUUUGUUCUGGACCCGAAAAGAGUUGUAUUGAUAAAAUUAUUGAUUCAGGACCUCAGUUGGUUGGAGUAUUGGAACACAAUGUGGUUCUUGGUUUGUAUAACAAAGGCUUCAUUUAUCUUGAUGUACCAAUAUCUGAUGACAGCUGCAUUGCAGUUCCUCCGUUGGAAGGAUUUGUGAUGAAUAGGGUGCAAGGUGAUUACUUUGAAACACUUCUCUACAAGAUUUUUGUUUCUAUCGAUGAACAAACCAAUGUUGCAGAGUUGGCGAAUGUACUGGAGAUAGAUCUAUCCCUUGUAAAGAAUGCAGUGUCAGUAUAUUGCCGCUUGGGCUUUGCACAUAAAAAAGGGCAAGUGAUAAAUGCAGAUCAGCUUCACCCAACAUGGAGGAAUGUUCCAUCAGUCAACAGAUUAAAGUGUGCAAUGGACCCUCAGAAAAUGCUGCUAUCAUGGGAUGGGAUGGAAAAUCGGAGUCCUGUGCAUGACACCACAUCAACAACAGACACUGAUACAACUAGUCAAGAUGAUGUGGCUGACUCUGCCAGUGUGAACAGUUUAAGCUUGCCCAGUGGACACACAAAAAGAAUUGCAUUCCUGUUUGAUUCAACUCUCACAGCGUUUUUAAUGAUGGGAAAUCUUUCACCGAACCUAAAGAGUCAUGCUGUGACUAUGUUUGAAGUUGGGAAAUUAUCAGAUGAGUCUCUAGACAGCUUCCUUGUAGAACUUGAAAAGGUUCAGAACACUGGCGAGGGAGAGGCACAGAGAUAUUUUGAUCAUGCACUAACUCUGAGAAACACUAUACUGUUCCUGCGACAUAAUAAAGACCUAGUCACAGAUGAUGAACAACCAAGCGGUGGUUUUCCAUUGGAUUUGUUACGUUGCGAGAGCUUACUGGGAUUGGAUCCUGCCACCUGCAGCAGAGUCCUGAACAAGAAUUACACCCUGUUGGUCUCGAUGGCACCACUCAGCAAUGAAAUCCGUCCAAUAAGCAGCUGCACACCACAGCACAUCGGACCAGCAAUCCCAGAAGUUAGUUCAAUCUGGUUUAAACUGUACAUCUACCAUAUUACUGGACAAGGACCUCCAUCAUUAUUACUUACAAAAGGAACAAGGCUAAGAAAACUUCCUGAAGUUUUUCAGGGCUAUGACCGGCUGCUUAUAACCUCCUGGGGGCACGAUCCUGGAGUUGUUCUUACUUCAAAUGUGCUCAGCAUGCUGAAUGACGCUCUAACGCAUUCUGCUGUGUUAGUACAGGGUUUUGGUAUCCAUGGUGAGGGAGAAACCACGUAUGUUCCUUUUCCCUUUGAUGAAGUGGAGAUGAAUGGAGAAUUUUCCCAGAGUAACAUGUGCUCACAUCGAGCUUUGAAAGCACUGAGGGCAAAAGUGGAUCUGGACCAUUUCUGUGGGUUUGUAAACAUGCUGAAUCCUCGAGCUCGGCGCAGCAGUGGGAGACGACCCAGUGAAGACCUGGAAGAGAAAGAAGAGUUUGAAUCCUCAUCUGGUUCUGUACAAGGCAGCACAGAAUCAUUUGAGUUGGUAACAGAUGAGCCCGUGUCUGAUUCUGCAGUCAAAAGAACUUUUGAAGCCUCGACGACAGAGCAGGAUUGGAUUCCCCUGGAGCUGUGCUUUGGAAUCCCACUCUUUGUUUCAGAACUGAACAGAAAAGUGUGUCAGAAAAUUGCUGCUCAUGGAUUGUGUGGGAAGGAGAGCCUUCAGAAACUCUUGCAUUCCAGUAGGAAGUUAUCUCUGCAAGUCCUCAGCUUUGUACAGUCAUUCCAGGAAACCGGUGAAUCAGAUGGGACAACUUUAUUUCCUCAGACAUCGUCCAUUGAUGCGGGAGUUCCUCUUCCAGCCAAGAGCCUGAUCUUCAGAGAUGGUGUUCUAUCUGAAUGGGUUAGACGGUCACCCUUACCUGUACAUAUUGCAAAUUUGCACAUGGACCAAACUAAUUAAACACGUUUCCAUAGUUGUACUGUACAUCUUAAUAAGGAAGUGUCAGACGGUAGUGCUGUUUCUUUCAUUUCUUCCAUACUUGUUUUUUCCUCUCUCCUUCCUUUUUCUCUUCCCAGCUAUUCUGUUUAUGUUCUCAGGUCCUUUCUACCUUUCAAACUUUCCCUUCUCUUUUCCUCUCUCUGCCUCUCAAUCUACCUCACUGUUCCCAUUCUACUGCACUUGUGCUUUCUGCUUCCCCUCUCUUCUUCCUCCCUCUCAGUCCAAAGGGCAGCCAAGUUCUAAAUGCUGAUCCAAAUAGAUGUGGUUAUUUAGCACCUUAAUAAUGUUUUAAAAGUAAACUAUGGCUCUUAAUGAUUUAAUUUUCUUGUACAAAAUGGUGGAAAUAUAAUUUCUGAUAAAACAACCAGAUUGGUGUUCAAAGGUCAAAGUAAAUUUAUUAUCAAAGUACAUAUGUCACCAUAUACAACCCUGAGAUUCAUUUUCUAGUGGGCUUACUCAAUAAAUCCAAUAACCAUAAUAGAACCAAUGAAAGAUUGCAGCAACUGGGCAUACACCCAUGUGCAAAAGACAAUAAACUGAGCAAGUACAAAAAGAAAGUGGGAAACAAAAAGAAAUAAUAAAUAAGCAAUGAAUAUCAAGAACAUGAGAUGAAAGGUCCUUGAAAGUGAGUCCAUGGGUUGUCGGAGCAAUUCAGUGAUGGGGCAAGUGAAGUUAUCUCCUUUGGUUCAAGAACCUGAUGUUUGAGGAGUAAUAACUUCCUGAAUUUGAUGGUAGUGAGUCCUGAGGCUCCUGUACCACCACCUUGAUGGUGUCAGCGAGAAGAGAGUAUGACCUUGGUGGGAGUCCCUCAUGAUGGACGCUGCUUUUCUGUGACACCACUCCGUGUAGAUGUGCUCAAUGGUGUGGAGCACCUUACCCGUGAUGGUCUUGGCCAUAUCCACUAUUUUUUGUAGGGAUUUCCAUUCAAGGGCACUGGUUUUUCCAUACCAGGCUGUGAUACAGCCAGUCAAUACACACUCCACCACACAUCUGUAGAAGUUUGUCAAAGUUUUUGAUGCCAUGCUGAACCUUUGCAAACUUCUAAGGAAAUAGGGGCACUGUCAUAGUUCUUCAUAAUUGCUCUAAAGUGCUGGGCCCAGGACAGGUCCUCUGAAAUGAUAAUACCAAGGAAUUUAAAGUUGCUGACCCACUCCACCUCUGAUCCUCCAAUGAGGUCAGGCUCAUUGAAGUCAAUCAUGAGCUCCUUAGACUUCAAAUCACAAACAGAAAAUCUGUAGAUGCUGAAAAUGUGAGCAACACACACAAGUGCUGGAGUAACUCAGCAGGCCAAGCAGCAUCUAUAGAAAAAAGUACAGUUGACAUUUUGGGCCAAAACGUCAACUGUACCUUUUGCCAUAGUUGCUGCCUGGCCUGCUGAGUUCCUCCAGCAUGUGUGUGUAGCUUCUUGGUCUUGCUGACAAUGAGUAAGAGUUUGUUGUGGCACCAUUCGGCCAGAUUUUCAAUAUCCCUCCUGUAUGCUGAUUCCUCUCCACCAUAGAUUUGGCCUACAACAGUGGUGUCAUCAGCAAACUUAAAUAUGGCCUUGGGGCUGUGCAUCUGUACUGAUGGUGAUUGUGGAGGAGAUGUUGCCAAUCUGAGAUUGCUGUCUGCAAGUGAAGUUGAGGAUCCAGUUGCACAAGGAGGUUUUGAGACCAAGGUCUUGAAGCUUACUGAUUAGUUUUGAGGGGAUGAUAGUCAUAGUCAUACUUUAUUGAUCCCGGGGGAAAUUGGUUUUUGUUACAGUUGCACCAUAAAUAAUAAAUAGUAAUAGAACCAUAAAUAGUUAAAUAUUAUAUGUAAGUUAUACCAGUAAAUUAUGAAAUAAGUCCAGGACCAGCCUAUUGGCUCAGGGUGUCUGACCCUCCAAGGGAGGAGUUGUAAAGUUUGAUGGCCACAGGCAGGAAUGACUCUGUGACGCUCUGUGCUGCAUCUCGGUGGAAUGAAUACCGAGCUGUAGUUGAUAAAAAGCAUCCUGAUUUGUGCAUCCUGGCUGUUCAGAUGUUGCAGGGUUGAGUGAAGAGCCAGUGAAAUGGCAUCUGCUGUGGACCUUUUGUGCCAGUAGGCAAAAUGGAAUGGAUUACUUGGCAUUUCCACUUGAAACUGUUUGGAAAAAUACAUACAGCCUUUUCUUUCAACCGGUGUUUGCAACUGCAAGUUAUGGGAGCUAACAGUGAUUGUAUGGCACAGAGCAGCUCCAGACAAUGGUGAUCACAAUCUCACUUCCACUGAUAUAGUCAAAUAGAGAAUUGAAUUUCUUGUUUUACUGUGACCCAGUGGACUGUCUGGAUCGACAUUUAAUCACCCAGUUGAGGGCCCAUCUGGCUGGGAACUUACUGUAGAUGUUGGCCAUUGUAGUAAUAUAUUCCCUUUGGCCGUAUAUGAAAUGGUGAUACAGAAUUUAAGUUUUUUGUGCUCUAUACUGCUGAUUGGAAGGUGCUUGUUAGCACACCUCAAAUCCAUAAUCCUGCUGAAGACUUCAUGCACCAGUUUAAUUUUUUUGCUCUGAUGUUUGAGAUUGAGAUCCUUGUAUUAAAUAUCCAUGACGAAGAUUGGUCCCCAACAAUGCCAAGCUACAAAAUGUCACUGAAAACCAGAAAUUCUUUUCUGUUUUCAGGAAGUUUAAUUAAGAAAGGAUGGUAGGUUUGAUUUGGUUUGCAGGUUUUGCAACAGGUAUUUUUGUUUACUGAUCCUGAAACCAAUAUCAAAUCCUGCAGUGAAAUCAAUGGCAAAGUUUCAACUAAAUUGAAUAUACUUUAUAACAUUUCUAUCUAAUGCAAGUCUUCUCUUUUUGGCAUAAACAGUAAAUGUUGCGUUUUCAAUCAUCAACUUAUGAUGCCUUCAACGUCAGUACAGUUGAAUUAUCUAUGUAUUUCUGACACCAAAUGGGGCCAUUUGGGCCAUUGAGUCUAUGCCACCUCUAAGUGCCCUUCCUGCUUAAUAAUUUUUGAGUAUUUUUAAUAUCCACUCAUGAAACUGAUCGACACUUGUCUUAAAUUUAGCAGAAGUUGUUUGAUUUUUGAAAACUAGAAAUGGUUUAGGAUAACAACAUACAUCAAAGUUGCUGGUGAACGCAGCAGGCCAAGCAGCAUCUAUAGGAAGAGGCGCAGUCGACGUUUCAGGCCGAGACCCUUCGUCAGGACUAACUGAUGGUUUAGGAUAUAGGGUAGCCAAUAAAGGCAUUCCACAAAACUUGACUUGCACACAAGGGAUCCUUUCUUUGUUAAACCCUAUUGCAAAGCAGUUUAUCCAUGGUCAGUUUGACCUGCUACUUAAAGUUAAUUUCAUUCUUUUUCAUGUAUCUGUUCCAAAUCAUUGGAAAAUCAAUUAUCCAAAUGGCCAAUUCGCUCUGUCUCAGUUACAACAAAUGGCAACUACACCAGCACAUUUGCCUUGGCACCAUCUUUCCCCACUUUUUGGGGACCAGCCAUGUUGUGCACAAGAUUCUGGAUGCUGUCGUAUUAGUAACAAACCUAUUAAUCCUCUUAUUCACUUUGUGUUCUUGGCUUUUGUAGUUCAUCUGCUAUUUAAAUAGUACCAGUCAUUGUAACUUCACAAGUCGCCUUGAUAUUAUUUUUAUUCCAUUCAGCCUGUGGGUGCCCAAUCAUCUUAGCAAUAAGAGAAAUAUGAGAAACUAUGAAAAUGUACAUAUUAAUGUAGACAUCAAGUGUGUGUGUGUCUUCAUUGACUGUAAUGAUCUGUAAUGGCAGGCAAUGAUCAUGUAUCUUUCUUACUUUUCUGUAUACCUAUCUUGUUUUGCAAAAGAAAAAGUUAAAUUCUUGUUGUCAUGUACAUUCCAAGUACUUCAGUUGGAAGUGUUUUGAAUGGUGAGGCUGUUGAUUCACGGCGAAGAAGAGUGCUUUUGGAGGUUGGGGCGCCAUGGUAGCAUAGUGGUUAGUGCCACGGUAUUACAGCUCGGAGUUCAAUUCUGACAUCAUCUAUAAAGCGUCAUGGAAAAUGUGGGUUUUCUCCGGUUUCUGCCUAUGGUCUAAAGAAGUGCCAGUUAGUAGGUUAAUUGGUUAUUGUAUCUACUUCCCUCGCAGUGCGUUGCAUACAGGAAGUUAAACACCACCUCAAAAAUAAUCACCCAAGCCAGAAGCUUCUUCAGGGUUUUUAAUAAAGAAAACUUUGUGAAACUGCAGAAAAUUAAGAUUCAGUACCGAAUCGUUGCACACCUGAAUAUACUAAUAUUAUCGAUUAUUCUCAUUAUCAGUAUUGAGCAAGGUAAUACACACCAAGAACAUUCUAUAGUUAUGCUGUGGACUAGAGCAAACUUGUGGUGCAAAAAUAGUUUAAUAGCAAUGAAUGAUAAACAUAAUACUACCUUCAAAGUACAUCUACUAAAUGUUUAGCAAUAUUAAGAAAGCUUAAGACUCACAAAUAUUACUGUUUCAAGGGCAAAUAAAGAAUGGAUGGCGAUGGAUUCUUUCUACCAUGUUUGCUCCAAGUCAAAAUCCUAAUUAUCCCGCACGGGAAAUUGAUGUUUUUAAAAAAAGUUAACAGACUGGAAGUGAAGUUCGUACAUAAUGAACUGCAUACAAAAUGAACAGCAUCUCUAGAGGCAGACCAUUGUAAAUCAUCCAAUGAUUAGUUGGGUUAAAUCGAGGGUAACUGAAUGGUGCAGCUCGAAGGAUUGGAAAGGCCUGUUCUCAAAAUAAAUAAAUAAAUUCUGAUAUCUUGGGAGACUAUAGCUAAUAAAUGUUAAUGACAUUUGAUAAUCGGCGUAAGUUUCAUGUCUGCUGAUGCUCCACAAAACUCAACUGUUAAGUAUCUUUCAUGGUACAAGUUGUGCCUUUUUCCACUUCUCAUUGCUUUCAGAUCUUCACAGUCACUUAAGCACUGACCAAGAGUGAAUCCAUUAGUUCAGGUACAAAGGUCUUAAAACCAAAUUGCCUUUUUCUGGAAUUUAUUUCAAAAUCAUUAAUCCUUGAAUCAGGUUUGUAUCAGAGUCAGAUUUAUUAUCUCUGAUGUCAUUGAUGUGAAAUUUGGUGUUCUGAAUGAUGAGGGGCUUUUGUGAUGGAUGUCACCCCUUUGAAGCACCUUGAAGAUGCCCUUGAUGUUGGAACAAUUAGGAUAUGUUAAAUUCUGCAUUGGUUCCAUUCAUAUUUUGAAUCCUUUCUCCUUCAAGCUCUUAGGAAUCCCUAUUGGGGGUGCUUUGUGAUGGGAAUGGUGAAUGUUUAUCUGAUGGUGUUUCCUUGGACCUCGCUCAGAAGAACUUUACAUUUAUGAGAAGGUUUCUCAAAUUCUCAUAAAAUGAAGGCUACAUAUUUCCUUAUAUCUAGCACUGGAAAUUCCAGCUGUGAGCUGAGGCUGAGGUAUCCUAUGAUGUUUAUAGGCAUUCCAUAAGGCCUGCUGCAAACUUUCAGCAAUAUAGUAGUUGUUAGGACCUUUUGGCACAGGCUCUUCCAUUUUUUUCACAGUAACAGGUCGAGGUUAAUUAUCUCCUGAAAUUUGUCCUGACAUCUGAUUGGAUCAAGUCUUUCUUAACAUCACUUUUUGAAAAAUCCAUCUUUUAAAUAUAAGACCAUGUCCCAAAGCUAUAAAAUAUGAAAUAAACCUUUUAUUUUCCUUUUAAUGUACUGUAAACUUAGGUGAAAUCUUCCUGUAAGUUUUAUAAAUUCUAAGCAAUGCUACAGUUGUUUGUGUAAUCAGUCCUUGUAAUUUAUAAACCAUAAUCAAAUUGUG